CCUCUAAUAACCUCGUAGUUGUCAUCUCCCAGUUUCAUUUGCCAAAAUCCCUUGACGAGGCACGAUCAAAGCCUAACGAAUAUCCCAAAGACAAGACAGUUUGUCAACAUUUACAUCAUUAUUGGGAUCCAUGAAUUCGAUUUAACCCUGGAUGAGUGAGGAUGUCCCAACCUGCUCCUGAGGUGUCCUACAGAAAAAUUGAUUUAUUUUUUGAAUCCCUUACAGUUGUGGAUCUUGUGGAUACCCUUUGCAUUUGUCAUCUGCAAAUCGUACUGCAUCUGGUUCUGGGAUAGGCUCUGACUAUCAGAAAUCUGUCAAGAAAGGUUUUAUUUCCUUCCUUACGGUUGAUCUAAGUCGGUUCACGCAGGUUGAUGAGGUAAACUGUUUUCCCGUCUCUUGGGGUCGCUAUCGAUCAAAGACUAAGCUCCUUUGCCGCAAAUGUGGAGUUCAUAUUGGUUAUGGAUAUGGAGACUCAUCUGUUCUUUGUGGUUUUGACUCUCCCACCUUGUCUACUUCAGCUUAUAGAAAGUUCACUGUGAGAAUUCGAGCUUUACAGCCCUCUGAAGAGUGCUAAAAUGCAGCAAACUACUUGUAACUCUAGUACUAAUGCUCUUACUUCCAUUAUGGACUUGCCUGAUGAUUGUCUCUUCUUUAUUUUCCACCGCCUUGAUUCUUCCUCUGACCGUGAAUCCUUUGGCUUGACUUGUCAUCGCUGUCUUCGUAUUCAAAAUCUUAGCCGCCGGUCCUUGCACUUUGAGUGUUCAUUUAGGCAACUUGACAAACCCUCAUCAUCACAUUCCAACAUUACCAUUAACAGCUCCCAUGUCCAUAGGCUGCUUACUCGCUUUCAGCAUUUGCGCUCAUUGACCCUAUCUGGUUGCACACACUUACCUGAUUCAAGCUUGAGCCAUUUGGCAAGCUAUGGUUCAAAGUUGCACACACUUCACCUGGAUUGCUGUUUUGGUAUUACUGAUCAUGGGUUGUCUGUGGUAGCUACUAGUUGCCCCUCAUUACAAGUCAUCAGCCUUUAUCGCUGCCAAAUUACUGAUUCUGGGCUAGAAAGUUUGUCUAAUUCUUGCUCAACUUUGAAGGAUGUGAAUCUCUUGUACUGCCAUGCUAUUUCUGACUCUGGUUUAAGGGCUCUUUCACAGAGGUGUCGCCAGCUUCAGGCAGUUAGGAUAUCAAAUUGUAAGGGUGCCACUGGUAUUGGCUUUCAAGGUUGUUCCUCGACUUUAGCUUAUGUAGAAGCUGAAUCUUGCAAGCUUGCGCCAGAGGGCAUUUCGGGAAUCGUCAGUGGAGGUGGGAUUGAAUAUUUGAACCUAUCUGGUUUGAUUUGGCGUAGUGGUGGAACUGGUUUGGGAACAAUUGGAAGAGGGUUCGCCCUUAGGCUUAGGAUUCUUAACCUCCGGAUGUGUAGAACCGUUGGCGAUGAGUCUAUUGUAGCAAUUGCGGAAGGUUGUCCACUACUUGAAGAAUGGAACUUAGCACUGUGUCAUGAGGUCAGGAUAGUUGGGUGGUCUUCUAUUGGGACAAACUGCCAAAAGUUGGAAAAACUUCAUGUGAAUCGGUGUCGCAAUCUAUGUGAUCGUGGCUUGGAGGCAUUGCGAAAUGGUUGCAAGCAGCUCUCUGUUCUGUACAUGAAUGGUUGUGUUAAGAUUACAUCUACAGCACUAGAGAUAUUCAAAUGUUAUAGGGGUGAUGUUACUGUCGAGGUAGAAGAAAAGAUGUGUAUAGGGCCUAGCUGGUCAUUAUGUGUAUGAUUUAUUUGACAUGAAAAUGUCAAUAUUCUCAAGACUUGCUUGAACAUGUGUCUUUGAGCUAGUGCUUUGGUGAUCAACACGACCUGAGAUUUUCACUUUACUUGCGCUGAUGAUUGAUGAAAGCAAUAAGAGGGUGUUUGGUCUGAUGAUCAGUAUUUUGAUUCUUUGUACUUUUAUUUUUCUUGGAUAUCUACUAGGAAGACUAAUCCCUAUAAAUCAUCUGAUUCUCAAUAACAAGAUCCAAAAGCUAUGAGCUCA